AUGAGUGUCAACUGCUCUCUGUGGCAGGAAAAUAAGUUGUCUGUCAAACACUUUGCAUUUGCCAAGUUCUCUGAGGUUCCUGAAGAAUGCUUUCUCCUGUUCACCCUUAUCCUCCUCAUGUUCUUAGUGUCACUGACAGGAAAUGCACUUAUAACCCUUGCCAUAUGCACCAGUCCAGCCUUACACACUCCUAUGUACUUCUUUUUGGCCAAUUUGUCUCUCCUGGAAAUGGGCUACACUUGUUCUGUUAUACCUAAGAUGUUGCAGAACCUUGUAAGUGAGGCCCGAGGGAUCUCUCGGGAAGGGUGUGCCACACAGAUGUUUUUCUUUAUAUUCUUUGUCACAUUAUUCUAUGGCUCAGCAUCUAUUACCUACUUGAGGCCCAAGUCUAGCCACUUACCAAGAAUGGACGAACUCUUGGCCCUUUUCUACACAGCGGUAACGUCCAUGCUGAACCCCAUCAUCUAUAGCUUAAGGAACAAGGAAGUGAAGGCAGCACUGAGAAAAACUCUGAGUCUGAAGAAAUCUCUGGCAAUAAAUAGGUAA